CUCAUCUAAUCGACACAUCCCCAUAUCCUCCUCCUCGCCGGCAUUACCACAUGUGCCCAGGGCACUCAGAUCCAUUGCAACUGCGUAGAGCACUCUCACGUCCCAUCCUUCCUAUUCAACAUAAGAUCCAGUGCCGACAGUCUGCCGACCAUGCCCGACAAGAAGGAGGAAAUUCGCUCGGUCACCAAAAUCAUCUUGGAUGAGAUGCUAGAUGAUCUCAUUCUUACCACUACCAUUUCUGCCCACCGUGAAGUAAAGCGAGGCCGAGUCAUCUGUGGGACAUGUGGGACAAGAUGUCGCAGUCACCUACCUCUUUUACCGAACAACGUCGCAAGCUGUUCAAAGUCUCUUCACACAUCAGCGGAUGCCUCAGGGAGUUCGUCAAGAGCUCAAACGCCGCAAUGUAUCUCUGAAGCAGGUGGGCGAUCAAGUGGAUACGCUGUUGGUCCUGAAAAGGGUACAGGAGGAUCAACUGGUGUGGGUAGUGGGAGUGGAAAAAUUGAUAGUAGUGGGAAUGCCUUCUUUGAUUGCCUGGUCUGCUCCCGGCCUAUUGCCUCCAAUCGAUAUGCGCCCCAUCUUGCUAAAUGUAUGGGACUCAACGGCUCUAUUCGGCGAGUGGCUGCUCGUUCAGCUGCUGUCAAAGCUCGCCUAGGAACCGGACAUGAUCGAUCCAGUCCUUCGCCGUAUCUGGCCACAGGUAGUGAAAAUGGCGACUGGGGUUCAGAUGCAGAUAGUGUUGGUAGCAACAAAAAGAAGAAAACUCAAAACAAUUCAACCAGAAGGAAUGGAUCCCCCAACAAGUCUGUCGCCAAAGGGAAGAAGGCGAAGCGAGGAUCCAGUGCUGGAACCCCCACUCCCCAAUUCCCCCGCCAAACUCUCCCACCCUCCAAGCUGGGGAGACCACCCACGAAUCGUCAAACGACGCAAUCGUCACCAGUAUCUUCGCCAGAGAAAUCAGUCAUAUCCGUUGCCAGCUCUGGUACUGGUGUCACGGGUUCUAAGACUCUGCCAGGUGCCAGGAAUACCUUACCGGAGAUUGUCCUAGGGGACGAAUCCAGUGAGGACGCCGACGACGACUAUUGAUUAUACUUCUCACGACCACCUAUCUGCAUGAUACGAAGCUUUUAUGAUAUCAUAAGGUCCGCACAUACGCUGUCCGUCAUCUGUACCAUGUCCACCACCGUUAUCAUUAUGUAUUGCAU